UCAAUUACACCUAUCGCGCGCUGUACAAUCCGUCAUAAUAACAUUACGAUACUUGACUCACAAUCCUUGUCGCGUGCCUACAGAAUAUAUUAAUAUUUAAACUUAUAGUAAAGCAGAUACCUGAACGCUCCUUCUCCUUUCGUUUCUCGACGUCGGCGACCGAUAGCGAAGGCGUGCAACGCUGUUACACAACGCUUCGGCCUCGACGGCCUCCACCACCACCACAGCCACCGCCACUUCCACCGCAGAGUUCGACCAUUACAUCGUACAGACAUUGACUCUGCAGUCUUAGCCAGCGUACGGUGAUCCAAAGAAGUUUUUUCAGUGCACAUGACGACGUGCGUUGUUGACAAAAAUUUAAAAUACAUCACCGAGCCAGAAACAGCCACUCCACUGUACACCAAAAACAUCUACCUAUUAUCGACAUCACCCGUGGUCAAGAGUUCCAGAAGUCGAUAAGGUCAUUGUCGCUGACACAUAAGCUUACAAUGUUCGCCGACAAGCGAUCGCCACACAGAAAUGCAGGUGGUGUCAUCGCCACCACAAGUUUAUGACGAAAUAAUCUGCACCAUAAAAUGUACUGGAUUCAUCAUUGGAAUCGAGGAAAACACCUGUGCAUGAUAAUUGUUACAUGACGUAGUCCAAGUUUUGUUUAAAAGUAUGAAACAAAACGCAAUUCGUCCAGAACACAGUUUAACAAUGUCGGUAUUGGUCAUCAUCUUCUCUGCUACUUUACUGGCUUUUGCGGGAACAACAGUGGCGCAAGGUCAACAGCAGAGAUUCUUUUCACCUUCGUCAAAUAAUGGAAAUUUCGCUUUACCUCGAGUACAAUUUCAGGAAGAUACAAAUAGUGCUGACCUGAAUUUUCCUCAACGUAGACUAUCUUCUGCUGACCCUUUACCACUACCUAAUCCUAGUUCAUCGAGUUUUUUUUCAUCUCAACAACAGCUUCCAACAGGAACAUUUACAAAUUCUGGACCAUUUUCACGACCACCGAAUGUUCAACCAUUUAUUUUAAACGGACAGCAAACACAGUUUCAACCACUUCGAAACUCUGGUUCUUUAAGCUUUGUUGAUGCUGUUUCUCCACCGUCAUUCUUUCAACAAGCACCACAGCGUCCUCUACCACCACCACAACAACAACAACAACAACCACAAACACAACAGCAGUUUAAUUUUUUUCCAAGUAAUUCUCAACAACAACGAUUUCGACCGGCUUUACAACAGCAACGCACGGAACAACCAGAUUCCACAGAAAACUUUGAUGGACAUCAAAAUGCACAGCCCACGUUAAUAUUACAACAACCAAGAAGCCAAGAGAGUUUUAAUAGUGAUUCUCCUCGUCGUCCUCUGUCUCAAACUAACGGAGUUAUACCAGUUUCUAGAAAUCCUCCACCUACAGGAUCCAUUAGAUGGUGGAACCCUACAACAGCUGACGCAGAAUCAGUGGCUAUAAGCGAUGACGACACAGUAGAUGGAAUUAACACAAACGACGAUACAGUUGAGUUAGUCCAUCAAAGACAAAACCAGCCACCAAAACGUGGACGUGGUCAACCACAACUAGCCAAGCGAAGACCUAUAACCACACCAGAGCCAUCUUCAACUAUUAACCUAGAAGAACAUCAAGAACCAGCCGCCAUUGGGUUUACUGUGAUACAUGAUGAGAAUGAUGAUCGAUCAUCGUGGUCUCAACCAAUAAUUACUACACAUAGGCCACAACCUGGACCAACUGCUUUUCGAAAUAGAAACCAACCCGCAGUAAUUUCAGGUUCGGUGAUAAAUCGGCGGCCUACCACAUUUAGUCCAUUAUCUGCUGUAGCAUCUUCUUCCACCACAGUACGAUCUGCACCCCAGCAACCUUCAGCAUUAUCUGGAACAGUUAAUAGACAGCAACCAACUACUGUCAGGAGUAGAAAAUCGUCCUUGUUUUCUACAACUACUACUACAAUGAACACUUUAGAUUAUGAACAAGAAGAGGAAGACGAAGAAGAACAAACAGUGGAAGAAAAACGUCAGUUUCAACCACGAAAGUCUACAACAACACAACCACCUCCAGUUCCAAUUACUACAUUGAGAACAGCCCUGAGACCAAGAAUUAAUUCUCUAACAACUUUGAUUCCACAACAACAACAACGAAUGAAAAAAAUUGUGAACAACCCAGCAAUAAUUCAAAGCAUAACCACUAAAAAACCAACAACAACAAGUACUACUACAUUAGCUCCCACAACAACUACAGAACAUCAAAUAGUAGACGAAUAUGAAGAAUAUGAAGAUAUAGAACACACAACAACAUCGUAUACAACAACUGAAUUACCAUUAAAUAAAAAGAAUACUAAAUUUCCAUUGGUAAAUCAAUCGUCCACGGUAACAAUAAAUCAAAAAAAUAAUAAUAGUUUAAUAGCAACUACUGAAAGUUGGGUUGUAGUCGCAAGUGUACAAACUAGUAGAUCAGUCUCAUCAUCGUCGUCAAUGGUAGGAGGUGGAACAAAUAAGAAUAAUUCUGUGCAAGAGUCAACUACGUUGACAGCACCUACUCCUACAACUAAACACAGAUUUAAUAAUAAACCUGUAAUAACAACUACAAGCACAACAACAGUAGAAAGUAUUAUUGAUAAAUUGGAUAGAGUUCAAUCGGAACUUUCAAAUGGUAUAUUGUAUGGUAGCUCUUCCAAUACAAACAAUGGUAGCCGUAUUUUGACAGAUAUGCAGAGUAGCGGUAACAAUGAUGAUAAACGAAAUGAUGUAAUUAUAUCAUCGUUUACAACUCCGACUACUGAAAAAACAACUAAGACUCUAACAAGCACAAUGAUCCCAACUACUACAAGUACCCCUAUCACUUCCAGUUAUCCUAUCACUACCAUGUCUACUAGCACAACUGUGUCGUCUAGUACUACCAGUGUUCUCAGUACUACCAAUUAUAUCAGUACUACUACAAAAUCCGAAAAAGAAGAAGAAGACGAAAAUGAAGAUAAAGAAGAAGAAGAAAAAGAAAAAGAAGAAGAAGAAUCUGAUGACUCUGAUAAAGAAACCACAUUUGUUCGAAAAUUCGUUCCUUCUAAACAGAGAACUUCUACCGUUUCUUCUAUUACUUCAACUAGCACAGUCAAACCUGCAAUUCAAGUCGGAAAGAAAAAGAGUUUAAUAGAUUCUGUUAAAUUUGAUGAUUUAUUAAGUAGUGGAUUGCUUCCAGCUGGAUUUAACCCGAAGCCACCUCCAGCAUACAAAUCUAAGAUUAUUUCAACCACAACUACAACUGAAAUACCUUCUACAGUUACUAAUAACAUUAGUAGCCCUCGGCCAAAAAAUAGUAGUAGUAGUAUUUCUACUAAUACUACACCCAUUACAACUACUACAAAAUCAAAAUCAUCAGGUUUGAACAUUAAAUUUGUUGAUGAUUCGUCAGCAUUAGCUUCGCUAUUACCACCAGGAUUUAAAUUAGAAGAUGCUAUUAAACCUGUCGAAAUCUUGUCACCUUCUUUACUACCACCAGGAUUCAAACUACCAACUGAAAAUGUUGAAACCUCUAAUAAAAAUAAAGAACAAGAAUCGGUUCUAACAACAGUUGUCCCAACGACUGACGUCCCGUUAACUACUUCCACGACAACAAUCACUAGCAGUACAUCAGGAAUAGUUUUUCCCAAUAGUGGAAAAGGCACAAAUAGCUCUGGAACCAGGAAACCAUUGCCUUCUAGUAAAAAAAUGCAAGCUGCAGUUACUGUGGCACCCACUAUUCAAAAGGGAUGGCCAGUUAGGGUUGUAACUGAGUUUACAGGCUGGUCUACUCCAUCAACAACGCCAUUAUCUAUCGAAAAAUUGUUGCUACAAUCUAAAGCAGCUGAAUUAGCAGCUAUGACAUCUACUUUAGAGCCAACCACUAGCACUACAACGACUACAACGACUACCACAACUACUAUGAAACCACCUCCCACUACAACACCCGGCCAGUGUUCUGAAAGUGAUUCAGUAUGUGAACUCGUUGGUACAGUGCGAAUAGUUGGUUCUGGAUCAGAGAAAUGGGUACCCGAGUUAUUAGACCACAAUACUGCAGAAUGGAGGUUAUUAGCUAGCGAAAUUGAAACUCAGCUAGAUAAAGUAUACAGUAAAUCACCUGCAUUGAGCAAAUGGUAUAAGACAAUAACCAUCGAUUCAUUCAGUCCUGGAAGUAAUGCAAUCAGUAAUGGAAAAUCUGAUAAAAAUGCUGGAGUUCUUGUUGAUUUCUUCGUACAGCUUAAUCAACUUGGACGUACAGUCAGUACCGCUGACAUUCGACGUCUAUUUCAUGAAACAUUACAAAAAGAAGGAAAUCUAGGAUCGUCCGCACAACCAUUACAAUACGGAAAUGGUGGUGACUAUGAAGGGCUUUAUUUAAAAUUAGGAAGGUUUACUGUUGACCCAGCACGUACAGACUUUAUAGUAUUGCCUAAACCCACCAGAACUGUGACAGCAACCGCUGGAACUGAUGACGCGUGGUUACCACAAUGGGCUGUAGCUGUCAUGGUUAUUGGCCUUGCUUCAUUACUUUUCGUAUUAAUAUUUGGCAUAACAGUGCUCGUAAGUCGUAAUAAAAACAAUAAAAAAGUACCUCCACCAACUCUGCAAGCAUCCAUGGUUUCUGAUGACCAAAAUCAACAUAUUUAUGGCACGGGUAAAAAUGGCCCAACUACUGGAAGUCGUCAUAUGAUGCAUCAUCCACCAUCCCAUUCCAAUUCCAACUAUAACAUCAGUUCAUAUGGUUACGAUAAUUAUGCGAUUGAUGAUGACAUGAUGAUGUUAGAUGAAGACGAUUUAGAAGACGUGGAUCGUUUGUAUGAUAUGGAUGCGGUUUGGUCCGACCAUGACCAUGAAAAAGUCAAAGUUCCACCUAAUAUUGCAGGGAAAAAGCACCGAGAUACACAACACGGUGGUCACUAUGAUAGUUGGCGGUCAACAGCGUUGUCGCCUCAGACAUUAACACCUGUUCAAACUGGAUAUUAUACUGGUGGUAGCGGUUAUGGUUACGGCACAGAUCCAAGUGGUUACGGAGCUGAGAGAAGACAUUAUCAUCGAGAAGCCACAUCAACUUCAAAUCCACGAUCGCAUCAUCAUUAUCCAAGCUCUCAUCAUAAUCCCAACGCUUCUUAUACUACUGGACCGAGGAAACCACCUCAGCAGUAUCACCCCGACUACGACACCGAUUUUUAAUAGAAGAUAAUAUUUAUUCGUUUCUAAAACGUAAUUUUCAGUUGCCAUUUAGGUUGAUGCCUACUAAGAAUUUCCAGUAAUAAAUUAAAAGUAUUACUGUGUACAUAAUAAUACUCGCUCAUUUAUUAUUUUUAUAUUCUUUUUUUUUAAUACUUUAUUUAAAAUAAAUGAUAGAUUUUAAAGUUAUAGGUACUAUUUCUUCGAAGUGAAUCAUAAUUUAAUCAUUUUAUACAACGUAUAACUCUAGUCAAACAACUGCUGAAAGUAAAUUCAAUUGUAUGACAAAACUAUUCGAACGAAAUAUUGUGAUUUUAUACUUACUUUUUUUACCUCUUUAGAUUUUUUCAUUUUACUUUAUUAUUAAACAAUUUAUUAUAUGUAUAUUUUACUGAAAAAAAUUACCUUAUGAAUUUAAGCAAUUUAUUUUUACACAUUUUAUUUUUAUUUUUUAUUUAUAUAUUUUUUUACGAACACUAAAUAUUGAUUAUUAUAACUUAUAAGUUUCUGCUUUACCGUAGAAGUGCCAUACUUGGGCCAAAUUUGAACUUUAAAGUAUAUCUUUAUAACAAAUAGUCAUAGAAUGCUGAUUUUAGUGGCCUUUAAGUUUGGCAUUACUUUAAAUUUAUAAAUAAGUAUUAAAGUACUGUUCAAACUCACAUAUCUGAUUUAAUAUUAUUUUUAAAGGCCGCUAAAAAAGGUUACUAGUGGUCCAGUCAUUACUUUAAAUAAAAAUUAAUAAAUAUAAUAAAUACACUACAUAAUAUAUAAAAUAACAUUAACAAUAAUUAAUUUCGUUAUUGUGUGCUGUAACUUUUAGAGAUUUAACAAUUUUCAUAUAUUUGUCUUAUAAAUAGGAACUAGACAUAGGAUACAGAAAAAUAAUAUAUCAUGUACUUUUAUAAAAAAUUCAUUUUAUAUGUCAGUAUUUAAGUUUCCUAUAAGUAUGGUUCAUAUUACUUUUUUAAUUAUAUUUCAUGUAGAUAAUGAAUAGUUUACUAUUGAUAAAAACUAAUGCACUGACACUAAUAUACUAAAAAUUUAAAUUAUUCUCCAAGUAAAACACUUGGUCCAAGUAUAGCAUUUCCAUGGUAUUAUUAUUGUACAUUUUUAUGAUAUCUUGUGUUAACUAAUUAUUGUUAUUAUAAUAUAUUAUAUGUAUAUAUUGAAAUAUUUUUGAUGUUAUUUAAAAUUAAAUAGUUGUUCCAGAAUCCAAAAAUAUUUACUAAUUUAAAAUGGUGCAAGGAUAAUAAAAUCUGUAUAAGCCCGCAAUGUUAAAUAUUAUAAUAGGUCCUUCUUGGCAAACUUUAUUUUAGUACAGUGAACAGAAAUAAAAAUUAUGAAUAAGUAUGAAUACUUUAUAACGAAUUAUAUUUUAGCUUAAAAUGUUGAUAAUCGUUACAAUAAACAGUAAAAAUAUCACAUUUUAUAAUUUUAAAUAUUAAAAAAACCCGAUUAAAAUAUAUUAAUUGUUCAAAUGAUUUAUUAUGGAACACCUAUUUCCAAUUUUACAACUAAUGUUUAAACAAGAAGACUAAGAAUAGUCUAUUCAUCAACCAUUAAGUAGAGUC